GACUAUCUUAUAUCUUUAUGGAAAAUUCAAGUGAGCAAAAGGCAGUAACAAUCAAAAGGUUUAUUGAUAACACAAUGAAUGUGGGUAGAAAAGACAUUCUAGAAGGAUUUAGGGCACGAUCUCGUAUCGUAGUUGAGAAAGAAGCUGCUGCUACUACAACAAGCUUGACGCAUGGAUUUAUCAACUCACUGCAGCCUUGUUUUUUGGCUUCUUCGAAACCCGUGCCAGUUAUGAGUUUAACUCCGUUCGCCAAAUGUGUGAAUCAUGGUUUUGCCGCGUAUAUUUCACUGGAAGAAAUUCAAAAUUCUGAGAAUUACACUCGAGUGGUGAUUCAUUCUCCUGGAUAUCGAGUUAUCCAUAGGUACAUGGACUGUGAGUUGGAGUUUCAGGAGGAUGUUGAAACUCUUCGCAAUACUCUUUGUCAAAGAGCAGAACAACAAAGUCAUGUGCAUUUGGUGGGCUAUAAGGAAAAAUAUCUGCCGCGUGAAAUACGGAGAUGCAAAAUCUGCAAAAAGAGCUUAGAGAAUGAAGAAAUCUUCUUCCACAGAGAUACGGAGUUUUGCAGCUCUGAAUGUAGAUCUAAUGAUGUGGUGCCUUACUUUGAAUAGCGGGUGCCGGUGAAAGAUCCUAAAAAAAUGAUCAAGUGGUGCAAGGAAGAAUGAUGAUGAUGAUGAUGAUGAGAGAUCGAAUAAAGUCUAAUUUUUCAUUGGGGAUAGGUGUUGAUCAGAUCAGCUUAUGGACAUUCAUGUCCUCUUUUUUUUAUGUUGAUUUAAGUUAAGAAGAAGAAACAUAUAGUCUACCUAAAAGAGUCACUGCAUGCUUGUUUUUGCAGUUGUCAAUGUUCUUUUUGAUUAUUUCCAAUUCCGUUUGUUA